UUGAUUAAGUUGGGAGGAGAAAGAGGAGAAGGCUGGGCGAAGCUCAACUCAGCCCGGGGGCCCUCCUUUGAAACGGACUAAUUGGGGAGGGAAGACACAAAGGGAAGCGAAAGGCGCUGGGAGAGACGCGCGGCGAGGAAGAGUUCCCGCUGGGUGAGUGGAGUUUUGCCUCCCUUACCUUUCGAGGCUGAUCCCAAAAAGUUUUGCCCGGACUAGGGUGCCUGAAGGGAGUGACAGAUCUCAGCUCGUCCUGGGGAGGAGACAAAGCGCUCGGGUGUCCGUAAGAGCUGACGGGGAGCAAACCACCAUGCGCCUUGCCGACGCGUCCUUGGCCCGCUGCCUGCCGCUGCUGCUCCUGGGAUCCUGCUGGGCCCAGUUCCACGGAGAGAAGGGCAUUUCCAUCCCCGACCACGGUUUCUGCCAGCCUAUCUCCAUUCCGUUGUGCACUGACAUUGCCUACAACCAGACGAUCAUGCCCAAUUUGCUGGGGCACACCAGCCAAGAGGAUGCUGGCUUGGAGGUCCACCAGUUCUACCCUCUGGUGAAGGUCCAGUGCUCCCCGGAGCUCAAGUUCUUUCUGUGCUCUAUGUAUGCCCCAGUGUGCACCGUCUUGGAGCAAGCCAUUCCACCCUGCCGAUCCAUUUGUGAGAGGGCACGCCAAGGCUGCGAAGCCCUCAUGAACAAAUUUGGCUUUCAGUGGCCGGAACGACUGCGCUGCGAGAACUUUCCCCGCCAUGGGGCAGAGCAGAUCUGUGUGGGGCAGAACCAUUCAGAGGAAGGUGGCUCUCCAGCAUUGAUUACAAGUGCCACUCCUAUUGCUGGACAGGGUACUGCUGGGCCACCGCGUUAUGCUACCCUGGACCACCCCUUCCACUGCCCACGAGUCCUUAAAGUGCCCAGCUACCUCAAUUACAAGUUUCUUGGAGAGAAAGACUGUGCGGCACCAUGUGAACCCACGAAGAAUGAUGGACACAUGUUCUUCAAUCAGGAGGAGAUCCACUUUGCACGCAUCUGGAUUCUCAUCUGGUCUGUUCUGUGCUGUGCCUCCACUUUCUUUACUGUCACCACCUAUCUGGUGGACAUGCAGCGCUUCCGCUACCCCGAACGACCCAUCAUCUUCCUCUCUGGCUGUUACACCAUGGUCUCCGUGGCCUACAUUGCAGGAUUUGUGCUGGAGGAACGGGUGGUGUGCAAUGAACGUUUCCAAGAUGAUGGCUAUCGGACAGUGGUGCAAGGUACCAAAAAGGAAGGCUGCACCAUACUUUUCAUGAUGCUGUACUUCUUCAGCAUGGCCAGCUCCAUCUGGUGGGUCAUCCUGUCCCUCACUUGGUUUCUUGCAGCUGGCAUGAAGUGGGGACAUGAAGCCAUCGAAGCCAACUCACAGUACUUCCACUUGGCAGCCUGGGCUGUGCCUGCUGUCAAAACUAUCACCAUCCUGGCCAUGGGGCAGAUUGAUGGUGACCUCCUCAGCGGUGUCUGUUUUGUGGGGCUCAACAACAUAGACCCACUUCGGGGCUUUGUUUUAGCUCCCCUCUUUGUCUACCUCUUUAUUGGCACCUCAUUUCUGUUGGCAGGCUUUGUGUCACUUUUUCGCAUCCGUACCAUCAUGAAACAUGGGGGCACCAAGACAGAGAAGCUAGAGCGUCUCAUGGUGCGCAUUGGGGUCUUCAGUGUCCUCUACACGGUGCCAGCCACCAUUGUGAUUGCUUGCUACUUCUAUGAACAGGCCUUCCGUGAGCACUGGGAGCGGAGCUGGAUUAGCCAAAACUGCAAGAGCUUGGCCAUCCCCUGUCCACUUCAAUAUACCCCACGUAUGACUCCUGACUUCACUGUCUACAUGAUCAAGUAUCUCAUGACACUCAUUGUGGGCAUCACCUCAGGUUUCUGGAUCUGGUCGGGAAAAACCCUUCACUCCUGGAGGAAAUUUUAUACCAGGCUAACUAACAGCAAACAUGGGGAGACUACUGUUUGAGAAGGGACAAUGCAGGAAGCAAAGAACCCAGGUUGCCAGCUCUGGAGUUUCAAACGAACAUCAGACCUCCUGCCCGAGUCUCUCUCCACACGAGCUGAUGCUGUGUAUGUAUGGGGAGAUAUUCUUUGGAAAGCUUCCCUGGAAUUUGGGGAGUGGGGCUUCAGUACCACAUAGAGCUGGAAACUCCUCUGACAAUCCGAGAGGAAAAAAGAAAAACAAGGGAGAAAAACCCAACUAUUUAAAACUGUCUCAUUUUACUUAAAACAAGUUCUAAACUUUUUUUUUGCUUUAGGUUUUUAAUUAACUAUUAAAGGGUGUCUUUUUGUAAUUAAAAUUGUAAAUAGCAUUUGUAAAUUUAAUUAUAUAUUUCUAUUUAAAAACAAAUAGAACAGCAGCAAGGACUUUUUCAGAAAAGUAUGGAGGGGUCAGAGAAAGAAAAACUUUUUUUUACCUCCUCUGCGUUGAGUGCUAAUUCCGCCCCCCCACCCCACCCCUUCGACCCCUCUCUCUGGCUGUGUGCUGUUUAGGUUGGCCCUUAAUGGGCUAUUUUUGCUUAAACUUUUCAUGAGGGCCAGGUUUUGAAUCACUCCCACCACCCAACCCACCUAAAACAUCUCCCAUCAACUCCCUUUUGGAGGCUACAGUUUUUGAUAUGUUUCCAGGAAGACUUCUCCCAUCUCAUUUUUUCCUUUCCAGGUUGGAAGGUUGGCAAGUAAUGUUCUGUGCCUAUGAAAAUAUGUUUGGGGUGGGUUUGGGGAAGAUGGGUGAGCCUUCUUGCUUUUGCUAAAAUUUGGGCCUUGGCUGUGAAGAUUUUCUUACGUUUAUUUCUGCUAAAGAAUUAUGACCUUCAAGAAACUUUUUUUUCCCCUGCCUUAAGCUGCAGAAUUCUCUUUCUGUUACAUUUGUAUGUUUCUAUUUUUUCUCCUAGAAGUUUUGUACAAAAGGUAGCUUUUUAAAAAUGACAUUUCCUUUAUUAAACAGACUUGUUCUUUGCAAA